UUUAUGUCGAUGGACUUUGUUAUCAACUUAAUUGAAAAUGAUGAUCAUCGUGCCUCAUCAUCUGGUUCAAUGAGAAAAGAAUGUCCGUUCAUAGUGACAAUCAAGUUUGCUUCUAAGGCUGACAUUCACCAUCUUCGACAGUUUUUGAGCGGUAGCCAAGUAGAUGCUCCAAUGGAAACCUUACAAGUUCUUAGUGUGGUUCUUCAAGCGGCAUCAUCAGAGAUGUAUAAUGUUGUGGGGAGGUCAUUUUUCCAUCCUCAGUUGGGUCAAGAGGGUGAGCUGGGUAGUGGUAUAGAUUACUGGAGAGGGUAUUAUCAGAGUCUUCGCCCAACCCAAAUGGGACUUUCCCUUAGUAUUGAUGUGUCAGCUAAGCCUUUCUAUGAACCAAUUCUUGUGACAGAGUUUCUUGCAAAACAUUUUAAUUUCAAUUUUUCAAGCCAUCUGUCUGACCAAGAUCGUCUGAAGAUUAAAAAAGUACUGAGAGGAGUCCAAAUAGAGGUUACUCAUAGGAAGUAUUUCAACAGUUACAAAAUCACUGGGGUAACAACACAACCAACUAGCGAGUUAACGUUUACUCUUGACGACAAGAAAAAAAAAAAGUCACUUGCUCAAUAUUUUUGUGAGAAAUAUAAUAUUGUGCUUCAGAACGUGAAUCUGCCUGCCCUUCAAGCUGGGAGUGAUGGAAAACCUAUUUAUUUGCCAAUGGAGCUUUGUAAGAUUGUUGCUGGACAGAGAUACUCCAAGAGAUUAAAUGAAAGACAAGUAAUUAAUCUAUUAAGAGCAAAUUGUCAACGGCCUCAAGAAAGGGAAAAUAGUAUCAAGGAGAUGGUUAGGAAAAAAAAUUUCAAUGGCAGUUCGCUCAUAAAUACAGAGUUCGGAAUUCAAGUAAGGGAUGAACAUUCAUUGGUUGAUGCUCGAGUUUUGCCAUCUCCAAUGCUUUUAUAUCAUAAUACAGGGAGAGAACAAUGGGAACAACCUAGAAUGGGACAGUGGAAUAUGAUAAACAAGAGAAUGAUCAACGGCGGUCGAGUUGAAUUUUGGACAUGUGUGAACUUCUCUAAACGAGUGAAGAUAGAUUUGCCAUUUGAAUUUUGUGACCAAUUGAUCAACAUGUGCAAUAGGAAAGGAAUGGUUUUCAACCCAAAACCUUUGAUUCCCAUACGUUCAGCUUAUUCUAUUCAAGUUGAGAUGCCUCUCAAGGAUAUUCACAAGCAGUGUGUGGCUAAGUUGAAAGAAAUUGGACAAGAAGGAAAACAACUUCAGCUAUUAAUAAUUAUUUUGCCUGACUUCAUUGGGUUGUAUGGAAAAAUUAAACGAGUAUGUGAAACAGAACUUGGAAUCAUUUCUCAGUGUUGUCAGCCCCAUCAAGCAUCAAAGCUUAAUAUGCAAUAUCUGGAAAAUGUGGCCCUCAAAAUCAAUGUGAAGGUUGGGGGACGUAACACUGUGUUAAAUGAUGCUAUUCAAAGAAAUAUUCCUCUUGUGACUGAUCGCCCUACAAUUAUAUUGGGUGCGGAUGUGAUCCAUCCCCAGCCAACAAAUGUCUCUUCUCCUUCAAUAGCAGCGGUAGUGGCUUUCAUGGAUUGGCCUGAGGUCACCAUGUACAGAGGAGUUUUCUCUGCACAGCCUUCUCGUGUCGAAAUUAUCCAAGAUCUCUAUCAAUCAAUUCAGGAUCCUGAAAAGGGCUUAGUUCAUGAAGGAAUGAUUAGGGAACUACUUAUUGCAUUCAGAAGAUCAACUAAUCAUAGACCCCACAGGAUUAUAUACUACAGAGAUGGUGUCGGUGAAGGCCAAUUCAGUCAAGUCCUAUUAAAUGAGAUGGAUGCAAUAAGAAAGGCCUGUCUCUCACUAGAGGAUGGAUAUCUACCGCUUGUUACUUUUGUCGUGGUGGAAAAAAGACAUCAUACACGGUUUUUUCCUACAAAUCAUACAAAUCGUGAUCAAACACACCAGAGUGGCAAUAUUCUACCAGGCACUGUUGUCGAUACCCAGAUUUGCCAUCCAACGGGGUUUGACUUUUACCUCAACAGCCAUGUUGGAACUCAGGGAACUAGCCGGCCUGCAUACUACCGUGUGUUGUAUGAUGAGAACAAAUUCAGUGCAGAUUCCUUACAGAUGUUAACAAACAAUUUAUGUUACACCUAUGCAAGGUGCACUCGAUCAGUUUCAAUAGUUCCUCCUGUGUAUUAUGCCCACUUGGCAGCUGUUCGGGCACAAUAUUACAUUAAGGGUGAGGCAUUAGACAGUGGCUCUACAAGCCGGACCCUUCCCCUAAUCAAGGAUAACGUAAAAGAUGUCAUGUUUUAUUGUUGAAAUGACAUUUUGUUAGAGGAUAAACCUCAGCUCAUUCUUCUCCUCCUUUCAUGCUAGACAGCAGCCAAGUUGAUGUAGAUUGGAAUUCAAGAUUUAUCUUAUCUUAUCUUUUAAUCUUUCAUUA